CUUCAUCGGUCGCUGAGCAAAGUGAUUCCUCUGUGCUCCUUAACGCAGAAGUAUCGUAAAUAUGAGGCUUUCUCCAUUUGCUCUGUUUGUCCUGACUGCCGGGGUUUAUCUGUGCUCAGAGUGUUUCCGCACUGAAAUUAUUGGAGGGAGAGAGGUACCGCCACAUUCCCGGCCGUUUAUGGCUUCCAUCCAGUACCGAGGCCGUCACAUCUGUGGAGGAGUCCUGAUUCAUCCGCAGUGGGUGCUGACAGCAGCCCACUGCUACUCUUGGUUUCCUAGAGGCCACUCUCCCACAGUGGUCUUGGGAGCACAUUCUCUUUCAAAGAAUGAGCCCACGAAACAAACAUUGGAGAUUAAAAGACUCAUCCCAUUCUCAAGAUCCCUGUCAGAUUUCACAUCACAUGACAUCAUGCUAAUAAAGCUUCACACUGCUGCAGAACUCAACAAGCAUGUCCAACUGCUUCAACUGAGAUCCAAAAACUAUAUUAGAGAUGGAACCAAAUGCCAGGUUACUGGCUGGGGAGCCACCAACCCAGAUCUGUUAAAAAACUCUGAUACCCUGCAAGAAGUCACUGUUACCAUUAUAAGCAGAAAACGCUGCAACAGCCAAAGCUAUUACAACCGCAAACCUGUUAUAACCAGGGACAUGAUAUGUGCAGGAAAUGCCAAAGGCCAAAAGGAUUCCUGCCAGGGAGAUUCAGGUGGCCCCUUGGUCUGCAAAGGUGUCUUCCAUGCCAUCGUCUCUGGGGGCUAUAAAUGUGGCGUUGCCAACAAACCUGGAAUCUACACCCUAUUGACUAAGAAAUACCAGAGUUGGAUCAAAAGCCAGCUUGCCCCAUCCAGUGCGAACUGAGAUGGUAAAGGGUUUUUUAGAUCUGCCAGUCACCUGCUUCUUGUUGUGAAAUGAGCUCGCAGAUCAAUUUCAUCUGCAGAUGCAGCUGACUGCAGGAAGCCUGUGCUACAGCUGGGGCAUAUUUCUGUGUCCUAAGGACUCGUUUUGUUUACUGCUGUCUAGGCAGCAGUAAAUAAAUAAAUGCCUGAAUUUGAGAGAAAAUUAAAAACAAAACCAACAAACUCAUUUUGUUAAGGAACCACGCUCUUUUUCAUGUGUGUCAGUGAUUGAUUUCCACCACGCUGGUUUCAUUCUAAAUAAAAUGGAAAGUCUG